UAAAAUCUAAAAGCUCAAUGACUCUAUGAGCACACUUCUUAUAUUUAUAUUUUAGUACUCAAAAAUAUUAUUACUCUCGAGGAAAGACUAAAUCACUGAAGUACCGAUUUUGGACAUAAAAAGAAUUCCACCUCAAUGAUCUGGUCACCAUCUUUUUAGUAGUUGCUCACAAAUCACAAUCUCUUCUCUUUCCUGUUUUUCUUCAUUGCUUACCCUUCUUCUCUCCACUGUUGUGAUUUUUUUCUAGAUCUCUGGGUUUCUUUUGGUUGGUCUUUCGUAUCCAGAUCAAAAUUCAGCGCUUUCAAAUACUCAAACUAUAUUAAAGAUGGCAAUGCAGGCAGAAAGUCCUGCGGCUACUCCAAGUGCUCAGGUUGUUGGCAAUGCUUUUGUGGAGCAAUAUUAUCUCAUCCUUCAUCAAUCUCCAGAAUUGGUUUUCAGAUUUUAUCAAGAAUCGAGCAUAAUGAGUCGCCCAGAUUCAAAUGGUGUUAUGACAUCUGUCAUGACCAUGCCAGGAAUUAAUGAAAAAAUCUUAUCCUUGAAUUACAAAGAUUAUAUUGCUGAGAUAAAGACUGCAGAUGCUCAGCAGUCCUUCGGGAAUGGAGUGAUUGUUCUGGUUACUGGAUACUUAACUGGAAAGGACAAUGUGAGAAAGAAAUUUGCACAAUCCUUCUUUUUGGCUCCCCAAGAAAAAGGGUAUUUUGUCCUGAAUGAUGUCUUUAGGUAUAUAGAAGAUGAAGAGUCAGCUAGCCCAGCUUUAGAUCCCGUUGGUAUCAAUGAAAAUGUGGAAGCAGCUCCACUGGCACCAGAACAAGAGCAGCCUCCUCAUGUUCCAGAGCAUAAUGGACAAGUUCCUGAAUCCUCAAAUGAGGAAGAUAUUAAUAUUGAGGCUGAAGUAUGUGACCCUUCGGAUAAUGAAGAUGGAUCGAUAACUGAAGAAGAAAUUGUCGAGCCGCCAGUUCAGUUGAAUCAGAGAGAGAGUGUGACUGUCACUUCAGAGCUAUCUUCCUCUCAAGAUGAUGCACCCAAGAGAUCCUAUGCAGCAAUUUUGAAGGCAAUAAAGAGCAAUUUAGCACCUACACCAGUCAAAGCACCAGCCACUAACGUCAGGGUCAAACCUCCAAGUAGGAAUCAGGAAGCAACUGUGAAACCUGCCCCAUUAUCUGAGCCAUCAGCUUCAACAAGUGAAACUGGUCCUGGAAAAAGCGAUGUACCUGUGGAAGUCGAAGGUCACUCCGUACAUGUGCGGAAUUUGCCUCAAAAUGCAACCGCGGCGCAACUUGAGGAAGUGUUCUCAAAGUUCGGGCCAAUUAAGCAAGGUGGUGUGCAAGUAAGAAGUAAUAAGCAGGGUUUCUGCUUUGGUUUUGUCGAGUUUGAAUCCUUGAGCUCCAUGAAUUCUGCAAUUGAGGCAUCCCCCAUUAUGAUAGGGAGUCGUAAAGCAGUUAUAGAAGAAAAGAGAACUACAACUCGAGUUUCUGCUGCUGCAACUUCCAAUAGUGGAAGAGGAGGGAGGUACCCGUCAAGGGGUGGCUUUCGCAGCGAGAGCUUCAGAGGUCGUGGAAACUUCAGUGGAGGUCGUGGUUAUGGAAGAAAUGACUUCAGAAGUCCGGGUGAGUUUUCAGGUAAACCUAGGGGUGGAGGUGGAAGAGGUGCUGAGGGUUAUCAACGAGUUGAUCAGAAUGGCACUGGAAACCCUGGUCGUCAAGGUGGACAGAAGUAGGGCAAGUUUUAGCUAUGGAAGCCAACAGAUCAUAGUGAGAGAGAUAUGGAAGACUAUUUUGUUUUGUUUAGUAUACAAGUGAUGAGUUUUUAUCUUAACUGUUAAUUUAGGGUUAGACACUUUUGGAUCCUUGAUCCUAUUGAUUAUUGCGGCUUUCUACUCUUUUUUUGUAAUUUUUUUGUGUCGGAUCUUAUGAAUUUAGAAAUUUGAUUAUUCUCCUAAUAAUAAUAUGGCAUUUUUCCCCA